CCGUUCCGGAAGUGGACUUGCCGGCUCGCCCUGGGUGGGCGGAAGCGGCUCACAAAGCCGACCCUGGCAUCUUGGCGGAAGUUCGUCACGUCGCAGGGCCCCCGCCUGGCGGAUGUGUGUCGCCGCGUAGGUGACGCUGGGAAGUGCCCGCAGCCUCCGCCGCUGCCUUCUGGAAGCGCUAUGGAGGGAGAGAGGAAGAACAACAGCAAGCGGUGGUACUUCACUCGAGAGCAGCUGGAGAACAGCCCGUCCCGCCGCUUCGGCCUGGACCCGGAUAAAGAACUCUCCUGUCGCCAGCAGGCGGCCAAUCUGCUGCAGGAGAUGGGGCAGCGUCUUAACGUCUCACAGCUGACAAUCAACACCGCCAUAGUAUACAUGCAUCGAUUCUACAUGAUCCAGUCCUUUACUCAGUUCCAUCGCAAUUCUGUGGCUCCAGCAGCCUUAUUUCUAGCAGCUAAAGUAGAAGAACAGCCAAAGAAGUUGGAACAUGUCAUCAAGGUGGCACACACCUGUCUCCAUCCGCAGGAGUCACUUCCUGAUACGAGGAGUGAGGCUUACUUGCAGCAAGUUCAAGAUCUGGUGAUUUUAGAAAGCAUAAUUUUGCAGACUUUAGGCUUUGAACUUACAAUAGAUCACCCACAUACUCAUGUGGUCAAGUGCACUCAGCUUGUCCGAGCAAGCAAGGACUUAGCACAGACGUCUUACUUCAUGGCAACUAACAGCCUGCAUUUGACCACAUUUAGCUUGCAGUACACACCUCCUGUGGUGGCCUGUGUCUGCAUUCAUCUGGCUUGCAAGUGGUCCAACUGGGAGAUCCCAGUCUCCACUGAUGGGAAGCACUGGUGGGAGUAUGUUGACGCCACUGUGACCCUGGAACUUUUAGAUGAACUGACACAUGAGUUUCUACAGAUCCUGGAAAAAACUCCUAGCAGGCUCAAGCGCAUUCGGAAUUGGAGGGCAUGCCUAGCUGCCAAAAAAACAAAAGCAGAUGACCGAGGAGCAGAUGGAAACACUUCGGAGCAGACGAUUCUCAGUAUGAUUUCCCAGAGCUCUUCAGAUACAACUAUUGCAGGUCUAAUGAGUAUGUCAACUUCUACCACAAGUGCAGUGCCUUCCCGUCCAGUGUCUGAAGAGUCAUCUAACAAGUUAACCAAUGCGGAGGUGCUGCAAGGCGAGCGUUGGCUGUCCUCUCAGCCUUCUUUUAAACUCGAAUCUUCUCAGGGUCACCGGACUAGUGAAAAUGUAGCACUUAUAGGAGCUGAUCAUUCCUUACAACAGGACAGUUCAAGUACAUUCAUUUCUCAGAAACAGAGUAGUAAGAGUGCGCCGUCAGCUAAAGUGUCACUGAAAGAAUACCGAGCCAAGCAUGCAGAGGAGUUGGCAGCCCAGAAGAGGCAACUGGAGAACAUGGAGGCCAACGUGAAGUCACAGUAUGCGUACGCUGCCCAGAAUCUCCUGUCUCACCACGAUGGUCACUCUUCAGGUAUUCUGAAAAUGCCCAUGGAAGUCUCGGAAAAUUCUGAUCGGUCUUUUCUUGAGAAAGCUGACAAAACAGCUCUCAAAAUGAGACUGCCAGUGGCAAGUGGAGAUAAAACUGCCUCUGCAAAACCAGAAGAGAUUAAAAUGCGCAUUAAAGUCCACUCUGCAGGUGAUAAGCACAUUGCUGUAGAGGACAGCGUCUCCAAAAGCCGAGAGCACAAAGACAAGCACAGGAUCCCCCCGGCCAAUCACCACCACCACCACAAUCACCACUCGCACAAGCACUCCCACUCACAGCCUCCGGCUAGUGCUGCCAGCAGACGGCCAGCUGAGCCAAAGCAUAGUAGCCAGUCAAGCACCUUACCCCACAAAACCUACGGCUUGUCUAGUUCUUUCUCUUCUUCUAGUUCGAGUCGUAAAAGAGGCCCUUCUGAAGAGACUGGGGCCAUGUUUGAUCAUCCAGCAAAGGUUGCCAAGAGUACUAAAUCUUCUUCCAUCAACUUCCCCUUCCCACCUCUUCCGACAAUGGCUCAGCUGCCUGGGCAUAGCUCAGACACAGGUGGCCUUCCCUUCUCACAGCCCAGCUGUAAAACUCGAGUUUCUCAUAUGAAACUGGAUAAAGGCGCUGCCGGAGCCAAUGGUCACAACACAACGCAGACGAUAGACUAUCAAGAUACUGUGAAUAUGCUUAACUCCCUGCUCAGUGCCCAGGGUGUUCAGCCCACUCAGCCCCCAUUUGAUUUUGUUCAUUCUUACGGUGAAUAUCUGAAUCCGCGGUCUGCUGGAAUCUCCUCCAGAGCUGGCAAUACAGACAAAGCCCGGCCACCACCUCUACCAUCAGAACCUCCUCCACCACUUCCACCGCUUCCUAAGUAAAGAAGAAAAAGAAGAGGAGGAAAAACUUGUUUAAAAAAAUGCUUUUUUUCUUGACUACUGAUUCUGGACUAGGAAAAUUACUUCCCUUAUGAAAUAUGUCACCCUUCUUCGAUUAGGGAAUGCAAUUGAUGUUGCGCAGUAGGUGGGAGGGUGAUGGUUGGCCUUGGUUGGUGUAUGUGCUGCCUCAUACAUUGUAACUAUUUUAUUAUAGUUUUUGCUGUUAUUAGAGAGGUGGUCACGUGUUAAAACUGUGAAGGAUUCAGAACACUUUGUUGGCCUCUCCACUGCCUGAUUAGGUUGAUUGGAGUUAAUAUCUUCCCUCUUGUCAGAACUGAAACAUUGAAGGUUUGUUUUAUCAAACAACUGUGGAUCCUUUUGGUGUUUAAUAUGUUGGAAGAGGGGAAGUAUUUAAACAUCAAAAUCAUUUAAAAGACUUUAAAAAUAAUUUAAAGAAAGUAAGUUAUCUUUAGUUUUUUUUAUAUAAUUGGGGAGGGGAUUGAGAUUUUUUGCUGUGUGUAAGAAAGAUGCAUAGCAGUAACUCGUGGUGGGUGGGAUUGGAGGGUGGGAAUGUGUUCAGGGUGGGUGGGAGGGUAGGCUUUUGGCUAAGAGUUCUGAAAUGGGCUCAAGUCACUUGAAGUGUUGGAACCUUUAAGUAUGUAUGUAAGUGUUGAGUAUGUGUGUUUUUACUGUGUGUUUAAAGAUCAUGUUUUACCUUUCCCUCCGUGUCCCUGAACAUUUUCACAUCCCAGCAAUCUACUAGAGAGAAUAGGGUCGGCCUUGGGAUCACAAAGGAAAGGAGAGACGUGUAUCUGACGCGGUAUUUCCUCCUUUCUUUAUCAUUGCUGAUUUGGGUAAGUGAAGCUGGUGGCUUGACUGCAGUUAAAACUUUAUUUUCACCCCAUUUUUCAUUUUGAUACAGAACAAAAGUGGGGUUGAGGAAAGUUAGAGCGCAGGGCCAGCCUCUACCCUACUGAAGUGGGGGUGUCUUUUUUUUUC